AGUGGUGUUAUCCUUUGGAUCACAUUAAAUGUAAAGGAUGAUAGUUUUGUUGUUGUGUCAAUCCUGAUUCAUCUUAGUACAUCACUACUUCCGUCUUCUAUGAUUUUAACACAAUGUUUAGGUAUUAUGUGAUAAUUAUUUGUUGUAUUAUUUCAUCCUUACUUUCUGCCAUCACUGGACCUGGAGAAGGAGUUUGUUCAAAACCAGUCACGACUACAGUAGGAAAUAAAACAACAACAACGACAAAUUACUUCUGUUGUGAAGGAUUUACAGAAGCUACAUCAGGAAAAUGUACAGCAUGCACCAACAAUAAAUUUGGAGAUAACUGUGGUAAGACAUGUAGCUGUGUGGCGGGAAAUACUGUAACCUGUAACCAUGUAAACGGAUCAUGUACAUGUAAACCUGGAUGGGAAGACACUACCUGUAGUCAAAAAUGUUCAAAUUGGAAAUAUGGUGACCGAUGUUCAAAAUCGUGUAUAUGUGAUCGUCCUAAGACAGCAACCUGCCGGCAUACUAAUGGUGAUUGCAUAUGUAGACCAGGUUACAUUGGAGAUGAUUGCAAGAAUGACUGCCCGUCAUGGAAAUUCGGACAAAACUGUCAAAUCAAUUGCAAUUGUCAACGGAACACGUCUACGGCAUGUCAAAAUACAGAUGGGACAUGUCUUUGUACUGCUGGUUACCAAGGCUCUAAAUGUGGAGCUAAGUGUCCUGAAGGAAAAUAUGGUUUGAAAUGUUCUCAGAACUGUCCAUGUUCGACCCAGGGGACUAGAACAUGCCAUCAUAUAACUGGAGCAUGUACUUGUAUGCCAGGGUAUAUUGGAACCACUUGUAAUCAGAGAUGCACAGGUAUGAAAUACGGAAACAACUGCACACAGAGUUGUCAAUGUGUAGAAAACAAUACAGUCAACUGUUUACAUACAAAUGGAAACUGUCUUUGUAAAACAGGAUACAUCGGAAAACUUUGUGAAAAUGUGUGUCCUGAUAUGACGUUCGGUAAUAACUGUUCGAAGACAUGUGUAUGUCCUAGUAAUGCCUUUGAUGUAUGUGAUGCUGUUAACGGAGACUGUAUAUGUAAACCUGGAUGGACCGGGACAAAUUGUAAUCAAGUUUGUAAACCUGGAAGCUUUGGAAGUUACUGCUUUGGGAGGUGUAAAGACUGUGAUACGUGUAAUAUCCAGACAGGUGACUGCUCCGCAAUAAAAACAGGCAGUCUGGUCGCCAUUAUUAUCCUUACUGUUUUGUUGGCCAUUGUAGCUGUUGUUUUCGUGUUUUAUGUUGUACGAGUGAAAAGAGGAACUGGAGCAUCAGGUCUUUUCACCAAAAACAAACUGAUUAAACCUGAUUCAAAUAAAAAACCUAAAAAAUCCGUGAGUGAACCAAUAUCACCAUCGUUAUACUAUAACACAACAGAUCUAACCUACGAAAACUCAAAGCCUGAUGUGAAAACUAAACCAAAUCUUAACACGUAUGAACCAAUGCAACCACAAUCUGAAUACGAGAAUUUUGUAGUUUCUGAAAAGAAACCUCAAGAAAAAGACUGUGUUCCAGAAGACAAAUAUGAAUCCCUCCAAGACAGACAAGAUCAUGCUUAUGAAUUAUUCAGUAAGAAAGAGGAACAACAUAAUUAUUCAUUUCUUGGCGACAAAAAUUGAAAUGUGUGUACUUUUAUCCUUUUCGCCAUUUUUUUUUUUAUAUGUUGGUGGACUUGAAAUGUCAUCUUUUCGAACAAGGUGCAAAGGAAGUACCAAUGUAAACUUAUGUCAUUGGAGGGUAAACCAGUUUUAUGUAUUCGUGCAUCAAAUUGAAAGUGUUGUUUCCGUGCGAUGAACACACUUUAGCUUAUGAAAAGCGGAUAUUAUAGAUAUGGUCCCUUCAUGUUAGAAAAAAUAAGAAACUCGUAAUUAACAUAAUGUGUAAAACAUGUUGAAACUCUAUUGAAACAGUGAAAAGACAGCGAUUUUCACAUGUGUUAAGCAUAUCACAUUUUGUGACAUAUGUUUAGCAUAACUCAUGUUUGUGACAUGUUAAGCUUCAGAAUAUCACAUUUUUGUGUCAUAUGUUUAGAAUAUCACAUUAUUGGGACAUAUGUUUUGUAUAUCAUAUUUUUGCGACAUAUGUUUUAUAUGUCACAUUUUAUGACAUAUUAUCUGAAUCUUACAGAUUUGUAUCAUGCGUUUGUAUAUUCAUUAAACUAGUAUUUAAGCUUUUUAAAAAAAGCUUAGUUGAGAUAUGUGAUACUAUUUAAAGCAUCUCUUAAUUAUUUUUGAUUAUUAGAAAUUCAGUUUUUUCUUCCCAAAUGCCAAGAUAAGAUUGAUCUGAUGAGUCAAGCUCAUUUUAACUAAGUUACAUAAUGCGUUCUCACACCGCUGUCCAAGAUCAAGAGGCCCCAUAAACAUGUUAAAGCUAUUCACAUUCUGUAUGUGCCUGAACAAAGUCGGGAGUCUAUAGUUCUGUAAUUGUCUCUUGUUCCUGAAUAUCAUAAUUGUUUUUCAUUUAUUGAUUUGUACAUAAAACCGCUCGUUAUUUUUUUCAAUUGAUUUAUUUUUACAUUUACCAUGCCUGGCCUAUUAUGACUUAUAAUGUGAUUUUGCCUCAUUGUUGAAGGCCUUACUUUGACAUAUUGUUGCUAACUUCUAUGUAAUUUGGUAUCUGUAAUUAUUUAAAAUUUUUUGCUUAAGAAAGAAAGGAUCAAGAGUGAAGAAGAUGAAUGUGAGAGAGACAAAUUAUGUCAAUAUUAUUGAUAUUGCUGUGCCUAUACGUUAUUGUUUUGAUAAACUCUUUUAUUUUUCUACCAGUCCCAAUUGUUAUUAAAACGUUUUCUUGUAUAUAUGUAUGUAAACCUGGAAUAAAAAUAUAUUUCGAUUUUUAUAAAA